AUGGAUUCAUUACUGAGCCUAGAUGCCCGUUGGACGGCAGAAGCUAGUGAAGGAAGGUUCAAGAGAGAAGACCAGGACAAAGAUGUGGCCAACGGACGCGAAGGUGGUGCUCGUGAGCCGCCCUGCAGUCGUAUUUACAGGCUGCUGCAGCAGAUAGUACGUCCAGAGUGGCACAGCAUACCGGAUCCCACAUCUCCGAAGUGGCUGGAAGAAUUUCAAAGCCGUGUGGAGGCAAAGGAACCCCUAGUCAAGCGCCCAUCCAACCCACCUUCAGCUGGAGCAGCUGCUGCUUCUGGUAAAGAUGUGAAGCAGGACCCACUGCCUCCUCAGGAAGACCCUGCAGCAGAUGCUGAGGCUACAGCAUUCGAGAGCUUCUCCACCGAGGAAGAGUUUCUCCUCCUCAGCAAAAUCACAAGUCGGCUUGAUACGCCAUGGGUGCAAGCCCUCAGACGCCUGCGGGCGAUAGAAGAGUGCGAAGCCUCAAGACCCCUAGAACUAAAUGAAGUGAUAAAUUAUGCCAAGAGAAUUGCAGGCUCGGUAGCGGCUCCCCCGGAAACAGCCAACAUUGUAGACGUAGUUGCCCAUCAGACGGCGUUUCCCAAUUAUCACUUUUUGCCUUACCCCUCGAUGGAAGAGCUGCAAAACUCGCGGCUAGCGGCUUUGGGCACGAAGCCAUACGCUGAAAUAUGUUUUCCGCCAGAUGUCGCUGCCAAGUUGGUCUACCUGCAGCGUGAUGCUGCAUUCUCUGUUUCAGAAACGCCUCAAGGCGUGGUUCCUGCGUAUGAUACUACACUGCUUUCUAGUGACAUGUGGCAAGAUGAUAAGGGCAAAGAGGUUUUCUAUGAGUUGCGCUUCACCUCGGCCACCCCUUGCUGCACCUUUUGGUUUGCUGUAGCAAAUGGGCAGUGGCCAGCAUCACAGCCACUCCCCCGCGACUGCCCUGUGCGGCAGCUGCCCUCGCUGAGGCCGCUUCUAGUCCCCGGCCCAUUUCCCAAGACGGUCCGCGUACAGUGCAGAAAGCAGGGCAAGAAGCACUCACGCAUUACGCAGACGUGCCUCAAGCUUAAGGGUGCAGCAGCCAAUCGGGCCAGCAUGGCGCCGCAAGCUACUUCCGGCCAGCGACAGAAGGGCGCAGCAGAUCAGCGCGCUGGAGACACCGGCUUGAAGGCGACAGGCGAGGAGGCUGGAGUUGGAAGGGAUGGGAGGGCUGCAACGCCGGAAGGACAGCCACAAGCUCCAGACGUCUCCCAGUUCCAUGGGUUUAUGCUCGGAACCGCGAGGCGGAGAGGGAAGCGAAGCCGAGACGAAUGCAGCAGUGACAGUAGUAGCGGAAGUAGUAGUGAAGGAGACUGA